UUUCUGCACUACUGAGCUCUCUCAUCCCUCUGCACUGCAGCCAGGCAGCGAGCACUUCACUACUUAUUCCCCACUUACAUAUUUACUUUAUAUGAUCUUUUGAUUAGCUGUAGUCAUGCUGACCCGGUCACUUUUCUGUGCUAUUGUAGCUUUUCUUUCUCUCCCGUCUGAUGGACAAACUACCAACCGCUUUGUUAUCGGAUGUCCCGCUCGCUGCGAUAAGUCCAUGUGUCCCCGGAUAGCGGCAGACUGCUCCACGGGGCACACUCUGGACGCAUGCGGCUGCUGCCAGGUGUGUGCGUCCGGGGAAGGCGAGUCUUGCGGCGGCAGUGGUAAACUGGGAGACCCGGUGUGUGGAGAAGGUCUGGAGUGCUCCGUGCCUGGGGGCGGCGUGUCUUUCACCUCUACGGUCAGAAGGAGAAGCAAGAGCGGACUCUGUGUGUGCAAAACCACGGAGCCUGUCUGUGGAAGCGACGGAGUGUCCUACCGGAAUAUCUGCGAGCUGAAGAAAGUCAGUUACCGAGCGCAGAAGCUCCAGCAGCCACCUGUCCUCUUCAUCCAGAGAGGAGCCUGCGGUAAAGCCCAGGACAAUCCAGACAGCCCAAGACACAAGUACAACUUCAUCGCUGACGUGGUGGAGAAAAUUGCACCUUCUGUGGUUCACAUUGAACUUUACCGCAAAAUGACCUAUUCCAAACGGGAGGUGGCAGUGGCCAGUGGAUCUGGGUUUGUGGUUUCAGAAGAUGGACAGAUCGUGACCAAUGCGCAUGUGGUGGCCAAUAAGCAUCGAGUGAAGGUGGAGCUGAAGAGUGGGGCCUCCUACGAUGCGAAGAUCAAAGAUGUAGAUGAGAAAUCGGACAUCGCACUCAUUAAGAUCGAUGCACCGACUAAACUUCCUGUCCUCCUGCUGGGGCGGUCCUCGGACCUCAGACCAGGGGAGUUUGUGGUGGCGAUCGGCAGUCCAUUUUCACUCCAGAACACAGUUACAACAGGAAUCGUCAGCACCACACAGCGAGGAGGCAGAGAGCUGGGCCUCCGCAACUCAGAUAUGGACUACAUCCAGACUGACGCCAUCAUCAAUUAUGGGAACUCUGGAGGUCCCCUUGUCAAUCUGGACGGUGAGGUAAUCGGGAUCAACACUUUGAAAGUUACAGCUGGCAUCUCCUUCGCCAUUCCCUCGGAUAAGAUUCGACAGUUCUUGGCAGAGUCCUACGACAGGCAGUCCAGAGGGAGAACAGCUGCAAAGAAGAAGUACAUUGGGGUGAGGAUGAUGACUCUUACACCAGCUUUGGCCAAAGAGUUGAAAACCAGACACAAAGACUUCCCUGAUAUCACCUCUGGAGCAUAUGUUAUGGAGGUUAUUGCAAAGACUCCGGCUGCAGUUGGGGGACUCAAGGAGCAUGACGUCAUCAUCUCAAUCAACGGACAGAGGGUCGCAUCAGCCACAGAUGUCAGCGCUGCCAUCAAGAAAGACAGCAAGCUCAAAGUGGUGGUUCGCCGUGGAAACGAAGAUGCCAUUCUCACAGUUGUUCCGAUGGAGAUUGACCCUUGACAUUCCAAAUAAGCUGGAGGUUUCUUUUGCCAAUCACCAGUGGACCUUAUAUUUUAACUGGCGAGGUGUGGGUUGUUUCUGAAAUGCCCUUCCUUCUGCAAAAGGCAAAACGCCAGUGGCAGCACAUGUCCAAGAAAACUGGCUUUGUCUUGAAAGAAACGACUGUGCAGAUGGUAUUACAGCUGUACUGUACUUUUCAGAUUUUUACUCAAGUCUUUAAUGCUUUGAUCAAUGCUACUGUUUGGUCAGUGUCUAAAAAUGUUGUUUUUAUCAUAUUGAUUUGUUUUACACUUCAAAGUCUAAUAUGUCUAAUAUCAAAGUUUUUCAGUCACACCUCCAAGUGCAUUGUUAACAUUUUCAAGUUACUGGGUUAAACUCAUUUGAUGUUUUCUCACAUUUUUGAAAGUACUGUAGAUAUAUUUGUUGAUUC